GUACCAAUGGAAGGGGCCCUUCUACUUCAUCCAAGGAGCAGAUCCUCAGUUUGGCCUGAUGAAAUCUUGGACAGUUGGAGACACUACAAAUGGUGAUGAUGAAUGGGGAGAAGAAAUCAAAUUGGCAGAGCAAGCAGUGCAGGCCAUUAACAAACUGAAUCCUAAGCCCAAGUUCUUUGUGUUGUGUGGAGACCUUAUCCAUGGGAUGCCAGGAACCCAGUGGAGACAGGACCAACAGCGAGAUUUAAAGGCCGUUCUGAAGAACACUGACCAGGACAUUCCACUGGUGUUUGUCAGUGGAAAUCAUGAUAUUGGCAAUACUCCAACCAGAGAAACAAUAGAUGAGUAUUGUGAGAACUGGGGAGAUGACUACUUCAGCUUUUGGGUUGGAGGUGUUCUCUUUCUUGUGCUGAAUUCUCAGUUAUACUUUGAUUCUUCCAAGUGCCCUGAGUUAAAGCAAGCCCAGGAUGUGUGGCUCGACGAGCAGUUGGCUCUCGCUGAAAAGCAGAAAUGCAAGCACAUAAUAGUAUUUCAGCACAUCCCUCUCUUUCUGAGAAAUCCUGAUGAAGACCAUGAUUAUUUCAACUUGGAUAAAUCCAUUCGUCAGGAGAUAAUGGAGAAGUUUCACAGAGCAGGCAUUAAAGCUGUGUUUUCUGGACAUUACCACAGGAAUGCUGGAGGGUCCUACAAAGGAAUGGAGAUGGUGGUUUCCUCAGCCAUAGGCUGUCAGCUGGGGGAGGACACGCACGGCCUUCGCGUGGUGGUUGUGACAGAGGAGAAGGUUGUUCACAGAUAUUACAGUUUAGAUGAACUGAGCAGCCAAGGCAUAGAGAAGGAGCUGCUGGAUAUGCUGGCUAAGCAAAAGUAG